AUGCAAGCGCUCUAUCAGCUCUCAGCGGGCGCAACACCGCAGGCAUUUCAAACGCCCGGCCAACCGCCCGUGGGCCUGACUGCAAUGCAACAACUGAUGCAAAGCGGUGUUUCACCGGUACUGCUACAACAAAUUCAGGCAGCUCAACAGCAACAAUUGGCGGCCGUUUCAGCUGCAGCUAUGAUGCAUCAUCAACAAGGAGGCGGCGGUGUUAUGACGGGUGCAGGUGGUGUGUUGGCAACAGCACAACCGACCAGCGUUACGUCGAUCACAUCCAGUGUCGAUGACACAGUGAAACAAGAGGAGAAUCAGAUGUGUCGAGAUCAAUACGAUUUGCAGUUACAAAUGCAAAUGGCUGCAGUGGCUGCGAUUGGUCCUCAAAUGCCUCCCCCUUCGUCAAUUGCACAACAACAAGCUCAGAGUGGCGCAAAUGCGCUGACAACGCCUGAUCCGUCGACAUCAGCGAAUUCAGCAGAUGGUGCGCCGAAACGUCUACAUGUGUCGAAUAUUCCUUUCCGAUUCAGAGAUCCUGAUUUGAGAGCAAUGUUCGAAAAAUAUGGACCAGUUACGGACGUUGAGAUUAUAUUUAACGAACGUGGCAGUAAGGGUUUCGGAUUCGUUACCAUGGAAAAAGCAGCAGAUGCUGAAAAGGCUCGUCAAGAGCUGCACGGCUCAUCAGUUGAAGGACGAAAGAUCGAGGGGGAUAUCGCGCAAAAUGUGAAAAUAUGCAUUCGGCAGAUUUCCGACCAUCGAAUGAAUGUGAAAAAUGUCGAGAAAUUCUGCGCUGAACCGAUCAAAAUUAGUUUCGGUGAACUGCGCAACUGCUCGCAUCCACACCAAGAAGCCGAAGGUCGCACCCGUACACAAGACAAUAAUUCUUUUCGAAAACAUUUCUUUGCAGGUGUUGUAGAGGCGAAUCUAGCCGUUGCGGCAUUACAAGGUGCUGCAUUGCAGCAAGCGGCUGCAGCUAAUCGUGCACUCUAUUUGCGAAGUCCGUUGGCGCAGGCGCUUGCGGUACGAAAUCUACAAGGCAUAGGACUACAAACUCAGUUAGCCGCACUCAGUGCACAGCAACAACAACAACAACAACAAUUCCCGUUUGUUACACAGCUCAGUGGCGCCACUGCGCACUUGAAUCCAAAUCAGAGUCUUUUACUCGGAAAUGCAGCCGCACAGUUACCACAAGCGGCAGCUGCUGCGGCCAGUGCUGCACAACACGUUCAACCAACGGCCGCGUUCGAUCCAAGUGCUCUCCUGACGGAACAGGCUCGUUUGCAGAUAGCCGCAGCACAAGGUAAAUACAACGACCAACUACUGUCGUCACUUAUUACAGCAAAUCCUGCACUUAUGGCCGCACUUGCAGCACGGGGUGCAGCCGCAGCAGCAGCGAAUGCUGCCGUCGUAAGUUCAGCGGCCGGAACGACGGCGGCCGCGAUCGGUGAGCCGUAUUUGGGAUCUGCAUUAACGGCCGCAUUGCCUGGAUAUCCAGCCAUGGCAGCCGCUUAUCGAACAUUGAAUCGUUUCGCUCCAUACUGA